GACAGCACCUCCCUGCGGCCGCCCGAGCGCUAGCGGCGCGCCACCCGCUGCGGCUGUGGGGGGCGUCGCUGCUCCGCGGCAGCGGCGCCGGGGCGAGACGCAGGCGCGUGGCCGCCGAGCGGGCUGCGGCAAAUGCCGGCAGAGCGUGGGAGCAGCGGCAAGUGGGUGACAGUCACCCGGCCGUUGCGCCAGAUUCCGUCCUUGGAGGCCGCGUCAGACAACACCCAGUCUCUCUGCCUCGGCUGCUCGGCGAUCGGAAGAAUCGUCCCCUCUCCACACGCCGCAGCGCGUGGUGGGGACCCCGAAGCCUGCUGCGCGGGCAGGCAAGUAAUUAG